AUGCCUGAGGCCGGGCGGCCGCGGGGCUGUCUGCGGGAAGCGCUUCCCUCCCGGGGCUCGCCGUCCAUGUGCCCGCAGCCGGCGGGGCCUGAAGUCGGGAUGAAUUUCGGCGUGGUCUUCGCGUUCAUCCUCUCCCUGCCCCUGGCCCGCCUGGAGGGGGACCCCAUACCUGAAGACAUUUAUGAGAUUUUGGGUGGCAGCUCAGUGCGCUCCAUCAGCGACCUCCAGCGAGCCCUGCGGAUAGACUCCGUAGAGGAGGAUAGCUCAAGCCUGGACCUGAAUGCAACUCAGCCCAGUCAAAACUUGGUGGCCCUGUCUCGAGAGCGACGAAGCCUAGAUGCUCUGGCAGCAGCAGAGCCAGCUGUCCUCGCAGAGUGCAAGACGCGGGCGGUGGUCUUUGAAAUCUCCCGCAACAUGGUGGACAGCACCAACGCCAACUUUGUGGUGUGGCCGCCCUGCGUGGAGGUGCAGCGCUGCUCCGGGUGUUGCAACAACCGCAACGUGCAGUGUCGCCCCACGCAGAUUCGCGUCCGGCAUGUCCAGGUGAACAAGAUUGAAUUUGUCCAGAGGAAGCCAAAAUUCAAAAAAGUCGUUGUGCCUUUGGAGGACCAUGUGCAGUGUCGGUGUGAAGCAGUGUCCCGUCAGCCCCCCAGGAACAGCCGGCCGCGGCCACGUGAACAGAGACGCUUGUCACCGUCGUUCACCACAGCCGCUGUCUCACAGAGGCAGCGAGUACGCCGGCCGCCGGCACAGAAGAGGAAACAUAAGAAGUACAAGCAUGUCAACGAUAAGAAAGUGCUGAAAGAAAUCCUCAUAGCAUAGAAGUGCUGG